AUGAAAUUCUUCCUGGCAACGCUCUUUGCGAGCGCAGUGAGCAGCAUUGCGGUUGACAAGCUCAUCCCUGGAGCGCAGAUCAUCCCCGAGAGCGAUACAAGGGCCUUGGAGCGUGUUGGCGGCCACCAUGCCAAGUAUCAUGAUCGUCGCACGAUAACCAUUCGACCCUCCCGGAACGAUACUGAUGAUGUAUCGAGGGACUUCCUUUGGGGUAUCAAGCAUGCCAAUCACGGGGGACGACUUCUUCUCAAGAAAGGGGAGAAGUAUGUGAUUGGUAGAAAGCUUGACCUGACAUUCUUAGAUGACAUUGAGGUGCAACUGGAUGGAGAAUUGAAGUUCACGGAUGAUGUAUCCUACUGGCAAGAAAACAAUUUCUAUUAUGAUUUCCAGAAAUCCAUAACGUUUUGGCGGUGGGGCGGAAAGGACAUCAAGAUCUUUGGAACUGGUUUGUUGAAUGGAAACGGCCAGAGAUGGUACAACGAGUUUGCAGGGCAGGAGAUCCUGAAUCCCGACAAUGACUAUUAUCGUCCAAUCCUCUUCCUCACUGAAAACGCAACCCGGGUUUCUGUGGAAGGCAUCACGCAACUGAACUCGCCUUGCUGGACCAACUUUUUCAUCCAGUCAAAAGACGUCUCAUUCGAUGACGUUUACAUUCAUGCAUUCUCUACGAAUAAAUCAGCUGAACCUAAAAAUAGCGACGGCUUCGACUCACUUAAUGUGGACGGGCUGAAGGUUACAAAUACACGGGUCGACGUUGGAGAUGAUUGCUUCUCGCCCAAGCCAAAUACCACCAACAUCUUCGUGCAAAACCUGUGGUGCAAUAACACCCAUGGGGUUAGCAUGGGCAGUAUCGGGCAGUAUCCAGGAGUAAUGGACAUCAUCGAGAACGCGUACAUUGAGAAUGUAACCUUGCUGAAUGGGCAGAAUGGUGCGCGGCUUAAGGCGUGGGCUGGCCAGGACGUGGGUUAUGGUCGAAUCAACAACAUCACGUACAAAAAUAUCCAUAUCGAGAAUACGGACGCCCCGGUAGUCCUAGAUCAAUGUUACUUCGAUAUUGAGGAAGCGGAAUGUGCCCAGUACCCCUCACAGGUGAAUGUGACCAACAUUCUCUUCGAGAAUAUCUCGGGGACAUCGUCCGGGAAGAAUGGAAAGGUGGUGGCCGACCUUGUGUGUUCGCCAAAUGCAGUGUGCUCAGAUAUUCAACUGAAGAACAUUGAUCUGACAAGUCCUUCUGGAAGUCCACCAGAGAUUAUCUGUGAUGGCAUCCAAGGAGACAUUGGGGUAGAAUGUCAGGCUUCAACCGACUGA